GAGGGCAACGCGUCUCUAAGGCAAGUAUUGUUAGUGUCUCAUUAGUUCUACUAGCAGUUUGGGAUUGGACCUCGCUUUUCUGACAGUAUCUCGCAGGCAUGCACGCGAUGUCGGACUGGAAAGAUGCGGUGCGACGGGCAGUCGCCCACCUGUUCCGCCUGUUCUGAUCGGGGCCAUGUUUGUGCCUACCCUGCCACCCAGAAAAUCCGCGGGCCAGGAAAAAGCAAACAGCGAAUUGAGGCGCUCGAGGCGCGCUUGGCGAAGAUGGAGUCCAAGUUUCGACACGAAUCGACAAAGGAUUCGUCAUCCGAUGAUACGGUUCCGAGAUCGCUGAAGGAGCCGCAGUCAGUUGCCCACGCCGGUCCGCCGCGUAUCGACCAUAUCGACGCUGGGCCUUUAUCGGUCCUCAGUGAUGUGGUGUUUCCCUUCCACCGCCAGAUAUCCCAGCGUUUCACCCUCUGGCAGGGAGAGGAAUGCACCAAAAGACUCGAGAGGACAGCCCUUUCGCCCUUGACCGCUGAAACGCCCGAGCUGUGGGUGGCGGAGCGGUUUCUCAAUGAAGUGUGCGCAGAGCUUCCGUUCCUCCACACACCCUGGUUCGUCGACCGAAUCAAGCACCCAGAUGCAGCCAACAACCCCGACGCUGGGUGGCAGGGCGUCAUGAACGCCAUCAUCGCCAGCACGGUACACUUCAAGACGCUCAACAGCUCUUUUCGCGAGGUCGCCGUGUAUUCGUGGUGUUUCUUUCGAAACGCCUACGCCAUGUUACCAGAGCUCAUCGUCCACGGAGAUGGCCUCGGAGCAGCACAAGCCGUCAUGGCCAUGGCUUUGUUUAUGCGGCAGUCGGCAGACACACGAACAACGUCGCGACUGUUAUCCAUGGCCGUCCACAUGCAGCAAUCGGCUAGUCCUCGUGUCAUGACCGCAGCGUACCGCAUCCCAUCGCCAGACGAAAGAGAAAAUCAGAGCCGGCUUUUCUGGACAACCUUCGUUCUCGACAUGGAGAUGACAAUAAACACCGGACUGCCACCCGUGCAUCAUCACGCCGAACAAGGUGUCACGGCAGAUCUGCCAAUAGAGUUGGGUCAGCGUAAUAUGGUCUUCAGACUCAGGGCCGAGCUCGCCAGAAUCCAGCAACGGAUUGGAACCGUGGUCCAGCUCAACACCCAUAAACUCCCAGACCUCUUUGCCCUCGAGUCAGAGGUUGAGGCAUGGUGCCUUCGAGUCCCACUCGAGUUUCGUCCACGCUGGUUUUCUGACCAACUUGAAAGUGCUAGUAGCAACGAGUCGCCCAUGGACGUGUCCGUCGCCAUGCUACACUUGGUCUACUACAACAGCCUGUCCUUGGUGAGUUGGGUUUCUGUGCGGCACACCACUGCGGAAAUGCUGCCAGUUGAAUCACCUCGUGACAUUGAUUCCAUCAACAAACGAACAAGUCGACAUAAAAGCGUCUCGAGGGCAGCCGCCAGAGCCACUAUACGCUCCAUGUCACGAUUCCCCACUCAGUCAUUUACAGAGCUCUGGAGAGCCUUGUGCUACCCCGUAGCCGCCAGCAUUGCUCUCUUAGCCGUCAUAUGCAAGGAGCCAACACAUGCCGAGGCACAGGGCGAUUUGUCGUUGCUAUCCUGGUUUGUGGGGUUUCUGAACAGGAUGGUGCGCGAUGAAGGUUGUGACCUUGAGAGAAUGCGAGACGGGGUGUCCAAGUUCGAAAAAGUCGCGGCGGACGCUGUCGGCAUGGCCUUGGCCUCUGCCAUGCCCGUGAACCCGGCGCUGUGGCCCUUGAGCAUCGCGUCAGGCCAUACUAGCAAGGUGAGUACAUAGGCCCCUGAACCAUUAAACCGCCCACUGCUAAAUUUUCGAAUCCCAGACCAUUGCGACUCUCUUGACGUGCUCAGGCUACCAUCCCAUGUAUACUGCCCAAGCCUUAAUGGGGAACACGCUUAAUUGUGAUACCGAGGUUGCGAAGCAGCUCGCUGAGAUUCUUGG